UUGUGUCGGUGGCAAACAGUGAUUCAAACUGUGUCUUGCAGAUAAAAAUGAGAGUGCACAGGAUCGCGUUCUGUUUGCUUGUGGCCUGCGCUGUGGCUAUGGCUGGGCAGAAGUUAACCUUGCUGUCUGAGGACUCAAAACCUCUAUCAGACCAGCGGGACAUCGUUUACCAUACACCUGCAGCAAAUAGGGAGAAGAGGGGUCUACUUUUGGGAGCCGGACUCCUCGGCGCUGGCGUUCUCGGAGCCGGCCUUGUCGGAGCUGGUCUGGUCGGGGCUAAGGCUGGGUUCAUCGGCGGCGCGCUCGCCGGCAGCGCUCUCGGCCACGGCAGGAGCUACGGCGGCUGGGGUCACGGUGGAUACUACGGAGGCGGAUACGGCGGAUACCACGGAUACCACGGAUACGGCGGUCAUGGCGGAUACUACAGACCCAGCUACGGUUACGGACAUGGCGGAUACAGCUCGUACUACGGUGGUUGGUGAUGAGUCACUCCGCCGAUGUCACCGCAUAGUGCAAUAUGACUGAUAUUUGAUGUGGAAUAAGCAUUUGUUAAGAUUUAAGAUAAUAAAGCUUUAAUUAAACAUUGCGAUUUGAAA